AGUAAAGUCAUUUUCAAAUGAAGUCUUGUGUUGCCUCAUCCUCCGAAGUUUUAGCCGUUUGAAAUUAAAGCAAAACCAAAAUGGCAACACAAGUACAGCUAUUCUGCUCUUACCACCUAAACUACCGUCCUCCGCCUUGGUCUGCCCGAUUGGAUCUUUCUCCGCGUCACAGCCCAAUCCCCAAUACUACCACACUCCUAAAAGCUCAGAGGUAUAGACACUGGGAUCUAAGGUCAUCGGCGGUCGCGAUGCUUCAUCAAAAUCCUGUGGUCUCCGAUAUCUGUGCUACUGGUUUGUCCGCUGCUAUUGCUCUCUCGCUACUCCGCAUCUGGCAAGAAACAGCAAAACGACGCAUCUUCGACCAAAAAUUGAAUAGGAAGCUUGUUCAUAUAAGCAUUGGGCUAGUUUUCAUGCUUUGCUGGCCGUUGUUCAGUUCAGGACGUCGUGGAGCAAUUUUGGCAUCUCUUACUCCUGGGGUCAACAUAUUCCGAAUGCUUAUCUUGGGUUUAGGCAUAUGGAAAGAUGAAGCCACAGUGAAAUCAAUGAGCAGAUUUGGGGACCACAGGGAACUUCUUAAGGGACCACUCUACUAUGCUUUAACUGUUACUUUAGCUUGUGCAAUCUAUUGGAGGACAUCCCCUAUUGCAAUUGCAGCAAUAUGCAACUUGUGUGCUGGAGAUGGGUUUGCAGACAUCGUAGGGAGGCGAUUUGGCAGUUGGAAAAUCCCUUACAACAGGGAUAAGUCCAUAGCUGGAAGCAUCUCAAUGGCACUGGCUGGUUUUUUAGCAUCUCUUUUGUUCAUGCAUUAUUUUGCGUCAUUUGGAUAUGUUCGGGAAAGUUGGGAAAUGGCAUUUGGUUUCUUAGUAAUCUCGCUUGCUUCUGCCUUGGUUGAAUCACUGCCCAUAAGUACCAAGCUUGAUGACAAUCUCACAGUUACCGUAACUUCUUUAUUGGUAGGAAGUCUAGUUUUCUGAUGUCUAGAACUAAUGUAACCUUCUUAUUGUUGGCCAAUUCAUGUUGUCUAAUAGCAUCACGUAAUCGUUGGCCCCUUAUUGUUUAGAAAAUAAUGUAUUCUUAAUGUAUUCUGUUUGUAAUGCGGAUGGUCAAAUGAAAUACACCCAAUUAUUUUUUCAAAAA